AUGUCGACUGUUCCAGGCAGCAUCAAGGUCUUCGCCGGCACCUCGCAUCCGCAGCUCGCCGAGCUCGUCGCCCGACGACUUGGUCAACCGCUAGGCAAGGCCACCGUCACACGCAACGAGUCUGGCGAGUCGAUCGUCCGCAUCGCCGAGUCCGUCCGCGAACACGAUGUCUACAUCAUCAACACCUCGUGCGUCUCUCCCACCCCCACCGGCGCCGCCGCUUCCCCCAACACCUCGCUCAUGGAGCUGCUCAUCAUGAUCCACGCCUGCAAGACCGCCUCGGCCAAACGCAUCACCGCCGUCAUCCCGCACUUCUUCUACGCUCGUCAGGACAAGAAGGACAAAUCUCGCGCGCCCAUCACUGCCAAACUCAUCGCCAACAUGCUCGAGAACGCCGGAUGCGACCACGUCAUCACGAUGGAUCUGCACGCCUCUCAGAUCCAGGGCUUCUUCGACGUUCCCGUGGACAACCUGUAUGCGGAACCGGCGGCGUUGCAGUACAUCCGCGAGAUGGUGGAUGUGAACAAGGCGGUGAUUGUGUCGCCCGAUGCGGGGGGAGCCAAACGCGCAACAUCCCUUGCGGAUCGAUUGGAACUGGAUUUUGCCUUGUUCCACAAGGAGCGUAAGCGGGCGAAUGAGGUUUCCCGCAUGGUCCUUGUCGGCAACGUGGAAGGGAAAGUGGCCAUUCUCGUCGACGACAUGGCGGAUACAUGCGGGACACUCGAACUCGCCGCUGCCCAACUCAUCGAGUAUGGCGCAGAGAGAGUGCUUGCCAUCGUCACCCACGGCAUCCUGUCUGGACCAGCACUCGACCGUAUCGCUUCGAGCAGAUUGGAAAAGCUCGUCGUCACCAACACCCUGCCCCAGUCGCAGAACCGCGCCAAAUGCAGCAAGAUCGAGGAGAUCGACAUCUCGCACGUCCUCGCCGAGACCAUUCGUCGAAGUCAUUACGGUGAGAGUGUCAGCGUUCUGUUCAACCAGAUUCCGUAUGAUACGCCGCAACCCUAUCGACACGAGAACGAUGAUGAGAUCAUCACGGCUGCUGCCUCGGGGUUGCAAGCGAGUCGACCGCAGAGUCGAGGGAUGAGCCCGUCCCAGAGCCGACAUUUCCCGCCUAGCCCGUAUACUCUGCCGGAUCCGCCGGCGGCGGCCAACUACUUUGCGGACCAUAGAAGGGUCAGCCCCCCAACGGAGGGUGGGGUGAUGGCCACCCCCACGCCGGCCGCCGUCGCCGCGUUCGGGGAGGAUGGGAGGACACAGCCGUUGGACACGCCCAAAGCGGCACCCGCGGUGGGAGAGAGAGAGUACGCACCGAGUCCGUUGAGGAGGAAUGUGUGA